UUAGGGAACUAGAAAGCUAAACUAGUAGAUAAAGCCUUCCUCUGCUGAGCUGUUUACAGUUCAUGUCUUUAACAGAAACAGAUAAGCCGACACAAAUGCCAUGGACAGACGUUACUGGAUCUCGCUCUGUCUGUUGCAAUGGCUUGCGAAUUGUGUCGGCUCCUCUCCCCUCUCGUCGGCCAUCCAUACCUCAUCAAAAGUGGGUCUCUCAGUUGUCCUGCCGUGCGCAGUGACAUCACAUCUGGAUCAUCCACCGCACAUUCAGUGGCAGACCGUGCAGGAUUCAGUGUUUGAGAGGAUGGGAGAGGAGCAGUUUCAGGGAGAGGCUUACAAGCACCGUGCUGAUGUCCCAGAAGCGAUACUUGUGCAGGGAAAUUGCUCUCUGUUCCUGCAGGACGUCAGAUUCAGCGACGCAGGAAUUUACAAGAGUUACCUGGUGGUCGAUGAAUCGAGUUUCCAGAAUCGAAUAUUCAUUCAAAGCGUCCAUCUUUCAGUUGUUGAUCACAAGAGCACCAAGUAUGUGGAAACUGGAAAAGACCUGACCCUGGACUUGUACACAAACCAAGCUCAACUAGUGAUUUUUCAGAACAGCAAUGACACAGCAUGGGCAGUCGUGUGGGAAAGAGAUGGAGACAAAAACAACAAAUGUCACCUGAGUAACAACAAGUUGACUUUCAAGAGCGUCACGGCCAGCAGUGCCGGAAUGUAUAAAGUGUUAGACUCGGAGGGAUUGGCCCUCAGUACAGUAAAAGUCUUAAUCACAGAACCUGUGCUACUAAGAGAAUCCCAAGUUCUGGAACGUAAAACUUUAUUAGGUAAAGCUACAAUGAGCACACCUUUCCUAAAAAUCAUCAUUACUUUCCUUACCUUUCAUCUUGUACUGCCAUUUAAUUAAUGGGAAAUUGUUAUUCUGCAAUUUAAAGUAUUUUAAACCUCUUUAAAGUUUGUUACUUUAAAUUAAUACUCCUCAAUGUGUUUCGGUUUUAUUUGUUAUUGUCUGCCGUGGCAUGUAUUUAUUUCACUAAUUUAAGCACUUUUAACCGAAUUCAUGUGGGUGUUAUGCGUGUUGUUUUAUUGGACUCAUGAAGGUGUGUAUGUAGUUGUAUUUUCGUAACAUAAAAGGACGUUGACUGCUUAUGUAAAUGAACUGUAUUUCAGCUGUGUACAUUAUGCACAUAUCAACAGUAAAAAUAAAGUAGAGAUCUUCAUGAAUGAACAGAAAAA